CCAUCACAGUGUAAAAGUCGGUUUUGUAUUGAUGAUGUGAAGUUUGCCAGUGUUUACAAAAUAAAUAAAUGGUCUUAUUAGAAACAACUUUCAAAUGGGGGGAAGUGAAUUGUCAAUGUGAAGAAUAACUAGAACAUAUUAAAUUGGUUUAUUCCUAGUUUAUAUGGCAUUUACAGAGGAAUGAAUUAUUACAAUUAAAGUGUUGAUGCCAGUUCCUGCAAGUAGAUCAUGUAGGACAUCAUGUUUAAAUGUAACAGGGCAUCUGUUGCAAUUCAGUAUGUAUAAACCUCCUCAAAAUUCAAAUCGUGUUAAAUCUAUAAGGAGUAAGUUUGAAGAAAUUGAAAAUAAAAAAGCAACGGAUCCAGUAAAUUUGUUAAAUAAUAAGACUAUAGCAACUUCCUUGAAACCGAGCCUGAAACAGAAAAAACAAAAUUCUGCAGAGGCUUCGAAUAAGCAAGUUUUAAAUAGGCAGUGGUCAGAUCCUGCAAGAAGAAAUGUGAAAAGAACACCUGCAUUUCGAUUGGACAAAAAUUCAGAAAGCAAUUGUGACUACAAUAGAGGUGUGUACAACAGAAAUACUUUACUGGAAAACAAGAUUAAACAAUUCAAUAAUGUUGGGAAAAACUGUGAUGCUGGUAAAAAUAUGAUACAAAAAUCUGUUGUCAGUGAUGACAAAUUUUCUAAUACAGUAAAUGCUACCAGACCUAUUUUAUUCAAAUCAAAAAGUUCCCUUAAUUUCCAAUAUAACAAUGAAGAUCACAAGGAGCAGCAAAUAUCAAAAAUAAGCAAAAUUGAUAAUUCAGAUAAUGUUUUGCUUGAGGGAUUGGAUUUAUCUCUGUUAUAUACUGAGCCUAUUCCAAAAUUUUUGAGACAUGUUAAGAAAAUAAAGGAAGCUGUAGAAGUGCACCAAAAUGGAAUAGAUAACAUAUACAACAAAAGUACUCUAAAGCUAACAGAUAAAAAGGAGGUGUUGAAUUCUUUAAGGGAAACUGAUUUAUCAGCAGGUUUGACUAAUUCAUUGAAAUCUGCUUUGGCAAAACCACUACCAUGUGGUCCUGCACCUAAGAAGCCUCCUAGAACAUUUCAGCAUCCUUUGGGUUUAGUAUCACCAAAUAAUUCGCAAAAAAAUACUACAUUUUUACUUGAAAAAACAAAUGAAGAAAAAAUAGUUAACUCCAAAAUAGUGGCCAAUCAGAUACCAGUACCAAAAAAACUUGAAAAGUCUGAUCCAAAAUAUAUGUUGAAUAAAUUAGAAAAUGCUCUCAAAAAUAACAAGUUGAGGGUACGAAGGCAAGAGAAUAUUGAAAUUUACAGCACCUCUGGCGAAGAUAGUGAUGAAAGUAUUUUGUUUUCUAGUAAAUCAAGUUGUGCCUUGACAAAACUGCCACAUACCCACAGGACAACCCCAACAAAGUGUUGUAAACCACAAAUGUCUGAGUCUUUAUUAGGAAGUUUUAAUUGUUUUAAUGGAAGAAGUUGUACUAAGCCACCAUAUGCUAGAAUUAAAGAACCAAGUUCCUCAUUUUUUGUGUCAGAAGAUAAUAUCCUGGAACCUCUCUAUGCCGAGCCAUGUCAUCUUCGAAAAGAUUCCAACCAAGACCAAACGUGUGGAAACAAAAAUUUAUAUUAUAUGAUGUCGGAUUUGAAGGACGCCCCUUUCUCGGUGUGUGAGUCUGACUUUGACCGAAAUGCUGCCCCAGCCACUGACGAUGCACAUACGAAAAUUCGUCAUCUUAUCGAAGCAUUUGACACAUUGAAAAUGCGAGACUCGGUAAAGUCUCAGAUUGCGAAAAACCAAACAGGCGGCACCAGUUCUUCACUGCAUAAAUUGGAAAAAAAUGACAUUCUAACUAACGAUGUCCAGGUUAAUGGAGACAGUUCAACCCGCAUUGAGCAAUUAAAAAGUUCUCUUAAACUUGCGCUAGAUCAUAGCUUUAAAAAUGAAAAAUUUGGGAGCGGCGAUUCGGAUAUAGAGAACCUCGAAGGUGAAAGUAGUAGAGUGUCUGAUUUAAUAACAAAAUUUCAAACCUACAGCAAGACAGCACCAAAGUAUUGUACACCAAAAAUUAAUAAGAACACUCUGUUUUAUUGUUGUUUGGUCAUUGAAAAAGUUAAGGAUUGUGCACAAAUUAAAUUUAAAUUUCCAGCUCAUGUCGCAAUUCCACCAGAAAUAGAACAAUUAUGUUUUCCUGAAAAUUCAAACUGCCCACCACUGGAUUGUUCCAGCGCAGCUCAGACUUAUUCUUUGCUCAUAACUAAUCAAACAGGCGAAAGAAUGUUUGGUUAUUGCCGUCGGGUUCUGCCCGAGGGUUCGGUUCGCUGUUUACCAUUAGCAUAUUGUAUACUUAGUAAGAACAGGUCACCUAGGUUUUAUAAAAAAAUACUUACAGAGUUAGAAUCUCGGCACGGUAUGCAAAACUGGCGCAGAGAUGAGUUAAUAAGUCAGUUUUAUAACAAAAAUUUUCCUCAGCCUGGUGAAAGUAUAGUAAUUAAUUUAUCGAGAAUAGAACCUGGAUUUCAUACGAAUAAUACUGAAAGUACAUUUGAAGAAAGCGUUGAUUUGACUAGUUAUGUAAAUGGCACAAUUUGGUUGCCUAUUUUUAUUCUUUCAGUGAGGAAAAGUGGAGAAUAUAGUCACAUCGACAAAUUAAAACUAGGAGAUUGGAUAUUUAUAUCAGAUGCGGAUGUGAAAGAAUCUUGCAGAGCACCAAGUUAUAUUGCAUAUGAGGAGCAAAAGAUGGAGUUGGUAAUAACAUUACAUUUUGAUACUCGAUAUGAGGACACUGAUUUGAGAAGUCUUCAUAAUUUGCCAAGUGACAUUUUGUUGAAAGUUUUUUCUUCACUUUUACUGGAGAGAAAAGUUAUUUUUAUUAGUUCGUUUAUCAGCAAACUAUCUUCGUGUGUCGAUUCACUGCAAAGUAUAUUGUAUCCAUUUACUUGGUAUCACACAUUAAUUCCGAUCCUUCCGGAAUCGCUUUGGGAUAUUGUAGAGAGCCCAACCCCUGUGAUUUGUGGUGUUCUUUCCAAGGAAGCCGUUAUUGAACGAAAAAUUGAGAAUGGGAUCGUAGUCAAUCUGGAUACUAAUACCGUCCUGAUGGAAGAAGGGGACGAAAUGAAAAUAUUAAGUAGCGGUAUGCAAAAGGUUUGGAAGAGAGGUAUUGCUCUAGCAAAUAGAGCAGCAACCGCAAUGGACUAUGUGCAGUCAGUUUAUUUGGCGGAUGCUUAUUUACAAGUAUUCAUUUUUUGUUUGAAAAAUUAUAAAGAGUUUUUAGUUGAUGGCACUUUUUUGAAAGCAGAAUUUUUGAAAAAUACGAAGGGAAAAGGGACAAAACGCUUUUUGAAUAUGUUCACUGAAACAUGCAUGUUCCAUGCAUUUAUAGAUUCAGCAUUGCAAAAUCCCAAAAGUUUGGAAGAAUUUGACAAGAAAAUUAGACUGUAUAGUUCAGACGAUUGUAAUAUUAUUUUAGACAAACUGCUGGAAUGGAACAGAUAGACUGAAAUUAAAAUAAUUGUUUAGGUACAUUAUAUAUAUUUUUGUAUGUUAAUAAAUAAUACUAUAAUGCAG